GUUUGCGCUUCCGUAGUGUCAUCUCAAUUGCGGUAUGUUUUGAUGUCUGGAUUUUUUUCACGAGUCCUUGCAAAGUUCGACGGCCCUCCGUGAGAAUAGUUAAUAAACUUAUUAUAAGCAGGUGGAUACGCCUGUGUUACAAAUGCAACCAUUCAUUGUAAUACGCAACUAUCGUGAUGAUGAUGAACUUAAGUGCCAAGAGUUGGUGCGCGAUUAUAUCAUGUCGUUUGUUAAAAAGUCCUUCUACUGUUUUUGUUUUAGAGAGAUCACUCUGCAAUUCAUUGUUAUAACAUGGGCUAUACUCUUUAUUUUCAUUGGAGUACCAUUGCAUUUUUGUGCAAUGACAAUACCAGGCUGCAUAUUUUUCUUAUUCUCAGGCACCUAUUUUUCGUUUUAUGCGAAAGCAGUCGAACUGAUGAAGAUGAAGGCAUCACAAUCCUUAGUGGCAGAAUGUUACGAGCCGUUUAUAUUUCGCCUUAAUCCCCGAGAAGCGACGUAUCAAAUUUUUUUAGAAGAAUCGCCUUAUGAGCAAUCAUACCAAAACAAAUUUAGAAAAAAGAUAAUUGCUACCGUAAGUGUAAAAAAGCACAAUUCACUAUAUAACGCGGCCUGGAUGUUUCGUUUUGCUGUAGCGCCGGAAUAUCCAUUUCAAAAAGUCGCCGAACCAAUGCUCAAUCUAGUAUCUAAAAAAUGUAUAGCUAACGGAUGUGGUUCAUUGGAAUGCACAAUUUCAGAGUGGCAAGAAGAAGAACGUGACUUUUUUGACAAUAUGGGGUUUGCCACUCGUCAAAUUUAUCACAAGCAAAUAAUUGGAAGCACUUUGACUGUCAUGAAAUCUCUACUCACGUAUGAUCUUCAUGCAAAGGAUAACGUGCAACAUCCGAAAAUAGAAAUAAUAAAAUAGCGACAUUCCGAUUGAGUACAAUGCACUGAACAAAGCACACAAGCCUUCCGAAACAUUCCUUAGCUGAUAUUGCAAAGUUGCACAUUAAAGUGGAAUAAAGUAUGAACACACGUAUUAUUUUUCUAAAAUCACACUCCUUUUAUACAAAUAAACCACACACAGACCAGU